AUGUUCCAAUACGAGUAUGAGAAAGAUACACAGCAGCGCGACAGCCGUACGGCAGUGCGCGACAGUCGCGUUACAGUACGCGACUGGCACUCGCGGCCGUUGCCGCCGAGGCCUGAAGACAGAUUGCCUACUAAAACUAGUGUGCCCCUGAAAGUUUGGGUGAUAGCGAGCGCCUCGUGUUUCGCCGUGUGCGGGGCGCUGGUGCUGGCGACCAUCGCUAUCACCAGAACAGCUGCCAGCGAAAGCUACACCCCAAGACAGCUAUAUUCCGAAGCGAGGGAACCAUUAUAUCCAAUGGCCUAUCCACAACCAAGGCUACUUACAACCACUGAAGGUGACACCGCAACAGCCCAAGAAAACGAAAACGAUAUCCAAUACCCGAUUCUCGAGAAACUGUCCAUCUUCAACAACAGGGUAGCGAAUCGAGACAAAAAGAAACCAGACGGAAAAAAUCUGGUGUCGAAACCACAAAUACAUCCAAUCCACGAUGUAAUACACCAUCCUGAGAGAAGAAUCGAAAAGAAAGACAAAGCAAAACUAUCUGACACAAACAGCCAUGACUUUAUUAAUCCUCAUUACAAAAUAAAUAAAAAUGGUGAACUUUCCAAACACAUGGGAACUUCCACUCCACCCGGCAGUACUUCUAAUUACAUCGAUAUUCACACCGAGUCUGCUAGCAGCGGAGGUACUAGCAUGUCGGGUGGAAUGGGCAGAGAAUAUUGA